AUGUCUAACGAAAGAGAAAAACGAGCCAGACUAAGAAAAAGACACGUUAAAUGCGAUGGAGAUUACCCAAUCUGUGGUAACUGUAAAUCUGUUAACGGUGAAUGUAGUUAUAGCCAUCCUGGAAGUAAACGUGGAUAUGUCGAAACAAUUGAUGACAGGUUGAAUAAGAUUGAGCAAGUGUUGUCAAAGUAUCUUGAGGGGGUAGAUACUCAACAACAAUAUAGUAAAUCUUCUGUAACAAAAGACAUUAACAAUGAUCCUGAAUUAGAUGUACAUGAUAUCGUUAACAUGGCAAAAUCUUUAAAAAUAAAAGAAAGUUCUGAAACUGCACAGAUAUUAUCUGAUUCAAUGUCCCCGUCGAUAUUGAAAUCAAAUACUAGAUACGUUACUCCAAAGAAAAAAGAGGUAUCAGAUAUCACAUUUCAUUCAAACCUUUCGCCUAAAGGUUCUAUGGAAGAUUUACAAAAUUCCUCAAAGGACUCCAAGAAAAUUCAAUCUUUGGAACCACCACUUCCAAAAGUGUACAGAGGCUCAAAGGAAUUACCACCAAAAGAUUUAUUUGAUCAUUUGAUACAAACGUAUUUAAGUUAUGGAUAUUCAUCAAGAGGUCCAAUUAUUCAUAAACCUACUUUCAUUAAGCAGUUGAGAGAUAAAAAUAAUCAGCCUUCCUUAUUGCUUUUAAAUGCCAUAUUUGCGGUUGCUAGUAUCUUUUCUGAUGAUACGAGAACUCGAACUGAUCCGGAUGACCCAGGGACGGCCGGUGACGUUUUUUGGACCCGUGCUUUAUCGUUGUUGGAUGAUUUUAUGGACAGGGGACGUCUUUCAACCGUUCAGGCCGUACGGACGAGAGUAUUUUGGGCUGCUAUGAAUGCCGAGGUUUUGGUAUGCGCGUCAUUUGGCAAACCUUUGCCAGUUUAUGAUUAUAAUACUAAAUUUCCAUAUGAGAUUGAUGAUGAUGGAGAUGAAGCUCAGGAUGUGGUGAAUUAUAUGCAUUAUUCCAAAUUAAUGAAAAUUUAUGGAAAUGUAUUACAGUCAAAAUCUUAUUUUUCACAACCAGGCGCAUUAAGGAAUACUUUACCUGCUAUCGAUGCAGCCUUGAGCUCAUGGGUAUUAGCAUUGCCUCCACAUUUACAAUACAACCCCGAUUAUUCUGAUCAAAACUCUAUAUCGGUAUUUUGUUCAUACUUGAAUCAAAUGUACAACACGGUAGUAAUUUCACUGCAUCGACCUUAUAUAGAUUCGGAUGAAUUUCCAAAUUUUAAUUCCCGUGAUAUAUGUAUUAAAGCUGCAAUAAAUAUCACAAAACUUUCAAAUUAUAUACCGGUUGAUUCUCAAGGAAUAUAUCUUACGUUCAGUGCAUCUGCAUAUUGUUUAGUACAAGCAGCGACAAUGCACAUUUUGAAUAUUGGAGAUCCCGAUUAUUCUCAUAUUGGACAAAAAUAUAUGGAACAAACUUUCAAGUCUCUUCGAAAAAUUGCCCAGGGAGUAAGAUUAGGACACGGCCAUUGUGGUGUGGAUGAUGCUAUAAAUAUGUUGGAAUAUCUUUAUCAGGUGCAGCUUUCCAAAAUACAAGAUGAUUCUGAAGCACAGAAUUUUAUUCGUCUUAAAUCAAUACCAACUUCUCCUCCAUCAUCACAUCAACAGGAUUCUGCAGAUGGUGAUUCUAUUAAGUCGGCUUCACUUUCCAUUAUAAAAACUGAAAAAUCUCCCAUGUUAUUGGAUCGAACACAACAACAACCGUCUUCGACUUCAUUAUCCUUAGGACCACGUAAACCUUUAAGUGUCGAAGUACGUAAUUUUCAAUCAACAUCUUCAGUAUCAGCGACAACAGACCCAUCAAAACAUGCAGGCACACGCUAG